GCGGAAGGCAGCGGUUGCAACACAGGCGAGCCGGAAGGCGUUGACAGAGCUGAAGAAGCUGGGUGGCCAUCGCGCUGGUUGUUGGUGGCUCUCAGAGGCCGAGGCCGGGAAUCAUUUUCUCCGCCGUCAGACCCUUUAAAAUCUGGAUAUGUCCUUCAUAUUUGACUGGAUUUACAGUGGUUUCAGCAGUGUACUACAGUUUUUAGGACUGUACAAGAAAUCUGGUAAAUUAGUAUUUCUUGGAUUGGACAAUGCUGGAAAAACAACACUACUACAUAUGUUAAAAGAUGACAGACUUGGACAACAUGUACCUACAUUACAUCCCACAUCAGAAGAAUUGACCAUUGCUGGCAUGACUUUUACCACUUUUGAUCUUGGUGGGCAUGCUCAAGCUCGAAGAGUAUGGAAAAACUAUCUUCCUGCCAUAAAUGGUAUUGUUUUUCUGGUGGACUGUGCAGACCACGAACGACUUUUAGAAUCAAAAGAAGAACUCGAUUCUCUUAUGACAGAUGAAACAAUAGCUAAUGUGCCUAUCCUAAUUCUUGGAAAUAAGAUUGACAGACCUGAAGCCAUUAGUGAAGAGCGGUUGCGAGAGAUGUUUGGUCUGUAUGGUCAAACAACUGGAAAGGGAAGUGUUUCAAUGAAAGAAUUAAAUGCCAGACCUUUAGAAGUCUUCAUGUGCAGUGUGCUGAAGAGACAGGGCUAUGGUGAAGGCUUUCGUUGGGUGGCACAGUACAUCGAUUAAUGCCAAAUCCACAUCUGUCUGUGUCUGAAUAUUAAGUCUGCUCAGCUGUUUGAUCACUCAGCAUAUAUAACUUGAAUUCAAUAGACUUUUGUUGGUUAUAAAGGAUAAGUUUUUUAGAUCAUUAAUAUUAUAUCAACUAUUAAUUGUGAGUGUGAGGAUUGAAAACUGAUUUCAGGCAAGUUUGUAUAUCACAUUGUUAGCUUUCUAAUCCUAUAAAAUAAUUUAUGUUCUUUUACAAUUUAUAAUUUGACAUUUGCACCCAGCACCAUUUUUGGACAGAGUGACUUUCCAGUCCAGUAUGUUUGAAUGCACUUUUUAACAGCUAAAAACUACAGAUAUGUGAAUGGUAUUUAAUGCUCAUCAUGUUAAAUUUUUUAUGUACUUUUUUGGAACUGGUUUUAUAAAUUUAGACUAUAUAACCACCUGUCUUUAAGGCACAAUUAAUAAUUAGCUUAUUAAUUGCAUGAUGCCUUACAGUUUUUAAUAAUAUUCUUAUGCAACGUCAUGCAAUAAAACAAAAUCUAAUUUUUGGCAUAUUUGAUGGGGAAAUAUUUCAUUUUAAUGUGUCUUAGUGAGGAUGUUCUUGGAAAAUAUAAGUAUGGGAUAUUUAAUGGACAAUAGGAUAUUGUUUUUUAGCAUACUGAUAUUAUAAAUGUUUAAGUUCCAAUGGGCUUUUGCAUUCAUCUAGGAGGACUAUUGUGGCAGAAUGCUUCUCUCACCACCUUCUUCUCUCUGAACUUUGUAUAGUCUUCAGUCACUAGUGCCAAGAGAAUACAUUUUCAAGUAGUGAAAAUUUUGGACUCUUUUUGGACUCCUGGUGGAAGAUAACUUUCUUGGCUUAUCACAUGCUCGGUUCUUCGUUUAGUAGGCUUGUGGCUCUGUCACAAUUGUUUGAUUCUGAAAUAGUUUUAACUGUGUUGGUGCUGAUUUGAGGAACAUGUCCUUAUUGUAAGAAACAAGUCAUUAAUCUUUAUAUAUGAUGGGAUCCCCAAAUCAAAUUAGAGGCAUUCUCCUAUGUGCAAUUUUAGCUUGGUAGCCUUCUUGUUUUGCCUUAGUUAGGAGAGAAGCAGCUUGUUAUUUAAGUUUUAUCAUCAAGACAUUUUACUCAGUGUAUUAUUUUUGCUUCUUAUUCUGUUUGUCAUGGCAUUGAAAGAUGAUUAUUUCUUUCUAUUGAAAAAACCGAGCACUUUUCUCGUCUUAUUCUUGUUUUGGGCUCUUUUUUUGUUUAUACACCCAGGUUUUCAUCUGCAUGUGUGAUGUUUGUUAUUAUCUAGUCUCUGAACAAGCCUUAGUGAUGAUUACAAAUUACAUCUGGUAAGAACUUGGUAACUUGAUCAAGAUCUUUUUCUAUUUUCUCACAUUCCCUUCAUUAGUACAGUAAGACACAAGAGUUGAAUAGACAAUGCUAUAAUAUUCAAGAGAAUUUUAAAGCAUAUGACUUUGUUCCUUAUUAUACAAAGGUCUUAUUUACCAGAAUUUAUCUCUGGUAUAAUUGAAAUUAAAUGUUUUCUUAAACAAGCUUUUAAUGGCAUAAUCCUGAGAGAACUCUUAUAAUUCGAAAGUAGAUAAUAUGACCUUUAUUCCCAAUAAACAUAAAACAGUGCUGCUAGUGAGAUGUUUUACAUUCUUACACUGUGGAAUCUAAACUUUGUGGAAUCAUUUCUUACCUUGAAAUUGGAUUUUAGUCAUUCAAAUCUGCCAAGUUUCAUAUUCAGUUCCUUUCCAAGCAAAACUAAAAGGGCUGUUUCCUAUAAUAACUGAUAACACAUCAGUAAUAGGCUACAUUUCUAACUUGCUAGGACAUUAUACUAGAUAUUAUUAAAGGAGGUGGCCUCUAAGGUGCUAACUGAAUCUGAACAAGGCAUCAGUGAUUAAAAAUUAACUCCCUUUUGCUGAUGGCAUUUCAGAUACAUUGAGGACAUGUCUUUCUCCAAUUCUUUUGAUGUCAAUGUAGUUUAAGUUUAAGAAGUUAAUAACACACUGUAAAUAGAAAAACAAGUUGUUUCUUUGUGUAAAAUAGUCUAUUCAAGACUUGGAGUGAUCUUAUUGUGGAGUUGACACUUGGUAGAAAAGAAGCAGACAGGUUCAUUUUAUAAAAAAGUAUAUAUAAGCAAUGUGAGCCUUUUGCCCUAUGGUGGUGGUGGGGAAUUCUUGUGAUCUAAGCUUGUGGAAAUGAAGCUGGACAAAGCAACAACAGCUGAAAUUCUGUCUUCCUCCCAGGAAACAUGUCUGUAAAGCCUUUUGCUAGCUGAUCCAUGAGGCAACUUUGAGAGGGACCCUCCAAUAGCUACUUGUGUUGUUGUUUCCAAAACACAUAAGCAAAUUAAGGUAUUAGAAAAGAGCAGAAGAAUAUGUAUGAGUAUACGUGUGACAUUUGGGGAUAAAUAUUAGUGUAGUGUACAUGCAAAUUUUAUACUUCACACUGUACAGUGCUGGUUUAAAAUGUGGUUGUAACACUCUCGUAAUCCAUAUAAAUUGAAUGCAGACUAAUCACGCAACAUUCAGAAAAUCUAAACUAAUUUUGAAAAGUAAUAUGUAUAAAAAUUCAAGUCUAAAAUCUGUACUUAUAAAAUGUUUCAGAUUGACAUUCUUAGCAUAGCCUCUCAUGUUUCAUUGACUACUAUUAAAUUUAUUUUGGGAUUUAGGCUGCCUAGAGUGACAGACUCAGGUUCAUAUUUGAACUCACCUGCUUAAUUUUUUUAGAUGGAAUAGAUUCUAGGAUAUUAGAAAUUUAGAGACACAUUUCCCAAGGCAUAUGGAAGAAUUUUCCCUUCCAUCUAAUCUCUUAUUUAGUUUACUUGAAAACCAGUAUUGUCUUAUGUGUGCCAAAGAGUUUUUUUUAAAAAGUAUACUUCUAAAUAUUACCUAUGUAAAUCUGAGUUUAAGGGUUAUUUGCACACAUGAAGGCACUGCCAUUUAUAAAAUAUGCCAUUAUAAUUAAGAGUAGAACUUAUAUUCCUAGUUCUGAACUGGCUCACUUCACUGCAGGUUCCACAGGUAAAUUUGCAGAUGGGUGAAUAAGGAGACAGUUGUAAUAAUAACUUCCUUAACUUCUGCAAAGUGAUUUCACUGCUCAUAUUAAAAAUUCAGCAUUUUUGCAGGUUUCAGAAUUAACCACCAAUGAGACAGCUAGCAAUAUUUAUAGAGCAUUUUGACUAAAGAGUUUUAGGGUAAAUGUUUACAUUUUCUGAAUUCUUGCUGUUUGACACAUUAUUGGUAUGGCAUUUCUUUCCUGUUAGUCACGGGAUUAAAUUGACAUGGCUGUACUGUAAAGGAAGUGGACAAAAAUGCAUUUGGAAAGUAUAUUUGAAGGAAAAGAAAAAAUUCACCUCUCACGUACUUUGUUUCCAUUUUUAUUAAGGAUGUACUACUUUUACUAAGAAUUUAUUUUGCCCUUUUUUACUUCUGGAAGUUGUGGAUAUGUAAAAACUUAGGGUGAAAUUUCAAAUCAACUUCAUGGUAGAUAAAAAAGUCUUAAAGAUAAGUAUAAGUUGGCUGAUAAAAUAGUUAAAAAAAGAUUAAUGGGGCAUUAAGUGUAACUUGGAGUAAAACAAAAUUUGGUACUAUAAGUUUGAAUUAAUGAGGCUUGACUAUAAAUCCAAGAGGUCAGGGAAUUUUAAGCCAUAUACUAUGCUGAAUUCUCAAAGCCACAUGUGUAUGCGCCCAGUUGUUUCCAUUAAUGUCCUCUCUUUAGAAAUGCAGAUGGCUGCUUUUAAGACUAAAGCUCUUUGAAAAGGUAGUCAUGUCAUUCCUAUGAAAUGUUUAGGAUUUUGCUAGAAAUGUUAAAAAAUAUAUAUCCUUUCCUUUAUCAUCCACUCUUCCACACACCCCUGACACCUCUCUCCAUACAAAAAUGUGAUGGAAAAAGUUAGGGUUUAUACUAAGAUACAGUGCUAACUGUGAUGGUGUUUGAGUUCUAGACGUGCCCUUAGUUUCUGCUUAUUUUUGCCCUCUUAAAUUAGUACUUCUUUAUUCUAAAAUGUGAUUGUGGUGACAUUUUAAUAGUACCAUUUGAAAUAUCCUGACUAUCACACAGUUAUCUUGAAAUUAUUUGGGGUUUUGGCCAAUCUUUCAAAAAACAAAAAUAGAAGCAAGGCAUUCUUAUAUCUCUUCAGAAGAACCACCUACCAUAUUGGGUUUUAGGGUAAAAAUAGAAAGGUCUUUCAGGUGGUUUUCUCAAAAUUUAUUUCUAUAAAAGGAAUAUUUAGAUGGAUAGACUUUUUUUCAGGCAUAUGUUUGAAAUAAAAAAUUUUUCUUUUAACAUUUGUGGAUAAGGCUCGGUAACAUACUAACUUUGAAUGUAAAAGCCACUUUAGAAUGAACUUUUAAUUUCUGCAAUUUUACACCUGGUUACUGUGCUAUAACAAUUGUUAAACCAAUACACACCAGGUCCAUGUACAGGUGGCUGAGUUUGUUUUAAAGUUACUAGAAAGUAUUUUUAUUUAGAAAUAGGAAGUUAUCAGACACUUGGAGUGGGAAGCCAAUGAUUUGUUAAUCACUAAUCUCUUUUGCACUUUUGUAUACCACUGCUUGCACUAGUAUCUCAGUGUGGAAUUUUAACACUAUCAUUUUGAAAUGUGAAUAAAUGUUUUAAACAUAAUUUAUAUAAAGAACUAAUUUGUUUACUUUUAUGUAUUUUGCAGAAGUGUAGCAAACAGAUGGUCUAAUGUUUUUGAACUUUGUUGUGUUAUUUUGAUUCUGUUCUGUUAUCUCAUUGCACACUAUGAAUUUGAGUGCCAGGAAUAGCAAAAUAAAACUCUAACCUGAACAAUGAA